AUACUUCUAUUCUUUAGAGAAAGAAUUAUUCUAUUUAGAAACACGUGCCUUUUGUAAAUCACAGUCAUGGGCGUAAGUGUUGAAGUUCUGUCCCCUGGAGAUGGGCAAACUUAUCCUAAAACUGGACAAACUGUGGUUGUUCAUUACAUAGGUACUCUUAAAAAUGGAAAGAAGUUUGAUUCAAGUAGAGAUCGUGGAGUGCCUUUUAAAUUCAAAAUUGGUAGAGGUGAGGUAAUUAAAGGUUGGGAUCAAGGAGUUGCUCAAAUGUGUGUAGGAGAACGGGCUCGAUUAACAUGCUCGCCUGAAGUAGCAUAUGGAGAGAGAGGACAUCCUGGCGUUAUUCCAUCAAAUGCUACUCUUAUCUUUGAUGUUGAAUUGCUGAAAGUGGAGCCUUGAAGCAAUAAUUACAAUGCACAGAACUGAUUAAAUUAUUUCAUCUUGGCACCUGAUAA